AUCUUCUCGGGCACCGGGGCCGCUCGGCUCCGCCGCCCCCGCCCAGCCCAGCCCCGCACCGAGCCCAGCGUUGCCGGCGCCGCCGCCGCCCGGCGAUGCCAGCGGCCCCCGGCCGCAGCGGCCCGCGGACGCGGCGCUGACCCGGCGGAAGGGCCGGACGGCGGCCAUGGGCAGCGGCGGCCCCGGUCCGCACGGACGGCACCGGCAGAUGCGCUGAUGUCUGCCCUCCGCAGAGACCUGGCCUCCCUGGGGUUGGCAGAUGCGCAGGCGCUGGUGUGAAUCCCCAGUAAAAGAAUGAGUGAGAGAGACAUACAAAGCCUGAGCAAAUGGGUUUUCGUGCUCACUCUCUGCCUUACCACGCUGUGGGGAAGACUGACGCUGGCCUCCACCCAUCACAGAAGCCAUUCAGUGCACGUGGAACCCGGCACAUGCGAAGUCAUUGCAGCUCACAGGUGCUGCAACAAGAACAAGAUCGAGGAGCGCUCCCAGACGGUGAAAUGCUCCUGCUUCCCAGGACAGGUGGCAGGGACAACACGGGCGGCUCCCUCCUGUGUGGAUGCCUCCAUCGUGCUGCAGAAGUGGUGGUGCCAGAUGGAGCCGUGCCUCGACGGAGAGGAGUGUAAGGUGCUGCCCGACCUCUCGGGCUGGAGCUGCAGUAGCGGCAACAAAGUGAAGACAACCAAGGUCACCCGAUAGCCUCCAAGCAGCCCGGCCUGGGUCCCUGGGGCUCUGUGGAGCAGGAUGUGGCCCAGGCCGUGUCCAUGGAGACGGGAUGCUCCGAGAUGCUCCAGGGCUGCCAUCCUGUGCUGGCUGCUGGGACUGUACCGGGUACUGGAUUGGAGCAUCCACUGAGCUCCGGCUUCACCAGAAGCUGCAAGUGUGGGACCCCAGCACAGCUGCAAGACUCCUGUCACUCUACGGUCCCCUCCUGCCCUGUGGACACACGCACUGACCAAAAAAUGGGCUCAUUUUCCCAUCCUCUUAAAUAAAAUACUCCAGUCAUGCAAGAGCUCUUGACAAUACAGAGACCGACAUACAGCAGUCCCCCAAAAUGGUUUUUAUUCUGAAAUAGCUGAAAUCAUUGCUGUGAAUCACUUUUCCCCAUCUCCUGAGAUGCUGAAUCAGGAUCACAUAAGGAAUUGGGAAGUCACUGGUGUGUGAAACCCUUCCCGGUUUGACUCAGAGCUCCUGGCUCGAUGGGUUCCCAGGUGCUGAUCUCCAGCUCUGACCCUGUGUCACCUGGGGGGCUGCUCUGACCCCCAGAGCAUUGUGCUUUCCCUGCCCCAUGACCUGGCUGCUGUGCCCACAUGCGGUGGAUGCAGAGAUGUGGCCAGAGCUGUCUGACACCCUAUCAGUCCCCAGAGAUGGUGAAAUGUCUCCCUGGAGCAUGCUGCUGGCUUCUCCUUCCCCGGUAACUGCGUUAAUCAGGCUGCGAAUUUAAUAUCUGUACUCUACCGUGCAAGUCCCAGGCACUGCUUGUGUUUGCAAUCCGAUUUCAGAAUAACGUGCGGGGGAAGCCCUCAGGUCUGGUGAGCCUUACACUGUGCAGAUACCCAGCCAGGGACCCAAACCAAACCAGGCUUUGUUGCAUUAAUCAAAAAUAAAGAAAAAUGUACCAUCUCCUGGCCCUGAGCUCAUGACCUUCUCCGGGAUGCACUGUUUCCCCUGGCUGGGCAGCUCAAGGGUAGAGGAUGGAACCCUCGUGUUCCUGAUGUCACCGGGGCUGGAGACCUCGGGGCUGCUGUGCUGGCGGGGUUGGUGGCAUGUGGCCUGAGCAAGAGCAUUGCAGUGGGGCAAACACCUCCCUGGGCAUCUCUGACCCCCACGGAGACAUCCCGGCUCGGGGGGGCCAGGGCCACAAUGCUGCCCAGGGAUGCUGGUGUGCGGGCAGCUGCCUGCAUCCCUUAUUUAGUCGUUUUUGUAAUGGGGUACGUAAUAACCUGCUCCAGAUGUGAUGUAAAUACCAGACUGUGAAAUAAUAAAUUCAUUUUAAUCUCUGCAAAA